AUGUUGACCAGUACCACUGGCCAGCGAAUAUGGCUCUACGUGUGCCUCCUCGCCUGCUCAGCCCUGUUCGCCUCGCGGUCCUUCGUAUGCGCAUCCAAGCUUGGUAAACGCGAUCUAACCGAGCUGUCUGCCCCCGCGAUUGCUGCGCUCGUGUCUUCUCCGGAUCCAGUUCGCAACGUCAACCCCGCGGACCCGCACUCGCACCUAUCCAGGAUCCUGAUCCCGCGUCCCCCAGAUACAGAGAACAACACUAUCGUGAAGGACUACCUCGUCUCUACUUUGAAGAACCUUAACUGGCAUGUCGAGGAAGAUACCUUCACCGACACGACCCCGUACGGAGAGAAACGCUUCACGAAUGUCAUCGCCACCAAGGACCCGUCCGCGUCCCGCAGGGUCGUCGUGGCUGCGCAUUUCGACAGCAAGUUCUUCCCGACCUAUCCCCAGAGCCAAUUCGUAGGCGCGACCGAUUCUGCAGCGCCAUGUGCAUUCAUGCUAGACCUUGCGGAAGCCCUGGACCCACUGCUCAACUUGCGACAGCAGCGUCUUGAGGAUGGACUGGAAGAUGACGAGGACGUUGCCGAGGCGACCCUGCAGCUCGUCUUCUUCGACGGCGAAGAGGCGUUCAAGGAUUGGACUCACACAGAUUCUAUCUACGGUGCAAGGCAUUUGGCGAAGAAGUGGUCAAGUAGCUACAUACAGCCCUACGCCAAGCGGAGGCUCCUACCAUCUAUGUACACGGAGAUCGACACCAUAGAGGACUUCAUCCUCCUCGACUUGCUCGGUGCGGCGAACCCGCGGAUCCGCUCAUCUUUCUCGGAGACGGCAUGGCUGUUUGAUGCAAUGGCGUCUGCAGAGCGUCGCCUUGGCGAGAGCGGAUCAUUCAACUAUGGCGGAGAGUCCAACGCUCAAUGGAAAAGCUUCUUCGUCCCGCGCAGGGGCAACUUGAAUAGCUACGGCAUUGAAGACGAUCACCUGCCGUUCUUGCAUCUCGGCGUUAGCAUCCUGCAUGUCAUUGCGAGCCCGUUCCCCAGUGUCUGGCACACGAUUAAGGACGAUGCAACUGCUUUGGACGUCCCGACAAUGCGGCGCUGGAACUUGAUCCUACGCGUCCUCAUGUCUGAGUAUCUAGGAUUGCGGCCUGACCUCCUACGGAGUCGGGAGGAUCCCCCAGCUCAUUUGGGUCGAUCGGUCGACGACUUGGUAAGGAACCGUUCGGCCUUGCACGAAGCACUCCUCUGA